GAAUGUCAGCCUGGGAAGUGAACCAGCCUGUGAUUGGCCGAGGCGAGUCACGUGCCCAGCUCCCAAGCGGAGUUUCCACGACAGCUGGAAGCCGAGCGGCACGGGCGCAUCGCUUCUUUGCUAAAAUUACUGGAAAUAACAAGACUCGUGCUCGUCUCAGCACCUCCACAUAACCGCAGGUCUGGCAUGGGCGACAAGAGGAGUCCCACAAGGCCGAAGCGUCAACCGAAGCCCUCCUCCGACGAGGGGUUUUGGGACUGCAGCGUGUGCACGUACAAGAACACGGCAGAGGCUUUUAAGUGCAUGAUGUGUGAUGUCAGGAAGGGGACGUCAACAAGGAAGCCUCGUCCCGUCUCCCAGCUCGUCUCGCAGCAGCAGGUAACGCAGCAGUUUGUGUUGCCCUCGCAGCCCAAAAAGGAAAAGAAGGAGCGUGUAGAGAGGGAGAAGAGCGACAGAGAGCCGGCGCUCAAGAAGAACAGUCACAAGAAGAUGAGGCCCAGGUUAAAAAACAUCGACCGGAGCAGCGCCCAGCACCUGGAGGUGACGGUUGGGGACCUGACAGUCAUCAUAACAGACUUUAAGGAGAAGGCCAAGCCCUCGUCCACCUCGGCUACGUCGUCCAGCACCGCGUCCACGGCCGACCACCACAGCCAGAACGGCUCCAGCUCAGAGAACACAGAGAAGGGGCUUUCCCGCUCCUCCUCACCCCGGGGAGAGGGGAGUUCGGUCAACGGAGAAUCUCACUGAGUCACCCCUUCCCUCCGAAACAACCCCCCCGGCCUCCACCCACAUCUCAUCUGCAAAUCCACAGGUCACUGGUGGGGCAUCCUGCCUCUCCUUUACAGCUGCACAUUACUGACUAAUACAGUUUUGUUUGCUUUCUUUUGGAUAUUACAAUUUCAGUAGGAACUGUGAUCAUCAGAUUUGCUGAGUUUAAUUAGUUUAAAGAUUCUCCGCGGCACUGGGAUUCUAGAAAAGCAAUAUGAAAUACCUUUUGCUCCACCUUCGAGGUUUUAAAUGAUCUACAUCUUGGACAUUUGGUGCAAUUGAAAGGAUCCCACACCCAGUCCAAACUUCACUAUGAGAAUAUUUACCAAGACAGUUUUAUUCUGACGAAGAACUUCCUCAGAACUGACCUGAGAUAUGUCUGAAUAAAUGUUUGGACAAGCUUUACGGUCCUGUGCGGUUUCCUUCAGAUGCACCAGCCUGUCAACAUUUUCCUUUCUUCUUCUUCUUCUUCUUUUUUUAAGAUAUUUUUGUUAAAUAAUGUGCAGCCCCACCCUUGACAUCACCUUCAGUGGCCGGCAGAGUGACCUAUUCUUCCCUCAUGUGGAAUCUUCAGCCUCUGUCUGAAAUCUUUACCCAGCCGUUAUAAACCUGAACCCUCUACGACGCACUCCCAGUGUCCCCUACACUGAACCUUCAACCUCACAGCGAACCUUUCCUCCUGCUCUUGAUUACUCCAGGCUUUUACUUGUGGACUGCCUCUGCUGUGGAGUGACUUUUUUGACACAGCAUUAGUGGCUGUACUCCCGCUGGCAACAUUUGGUGUUUUUGGGUAAUGUUUGGAGCAGGUUGUUAGUUCAGGUAAUGCUUGUUUUGUUUGUAUAGGGCAUCAGGCAGGUUUUGAUAAAAGCCCUUUUAAAAAAAUGAUGUGAGAAGGUACAGUGAAUGAUUUUAAAGGAUAAUACUGGUGUUUUUUUGUUGUUGUAAGUUAAUGCCACAGUCAGCCGCAAUGGGGACACAAUCAGGGUUUUGUUCGUUUGUCCUUACAGCCAUUUAUUUUGAACAGUAUACAGACAACAACCACACACCUGCAUUAAGUGAUAUUUUUGAUACAAACAUAACAUCAUGUUAAUAUCAGCAAUCAAAAGCUUAACUCGCAGAGAAUUAGCUACUCUCCAGCAGUAUACACCUCUGAGCUCAUUGUUUUGGUGUUCUGAUUCCCACAGAGCUUAUCCAAUCAUUAGAAACAAAGCCUAAUUACAUUACUGAUUACUUGCACCAAAAUGUAAUGCAUUUCUGUUAUUAGUAACUUUUAGUUCCAUUUUAAAUGUCUAUUUGGAUUGCUGCCAUUGGUAAUCAGCCUAUAGCUUUCAUUUCAGUACUGUUGUUGCUAACCAGCUGUCUAAAAACUGCAGGUGACUCUACAGCAUACUGCACUGUUAGUUCGUUACGUUGUCCCUUGGAAAAAUUUAAGUCCAACCUCAGUUGCUUCAUCAUGUAUAUCCAAACAUAUCCAUGCAUUAACUAGUAGUAUAGCCAAAUUAGAUGGACAGUUUUCCAUCCAAUGACAACGUAAAACCCAUCCUUUGUAGUGUGUUACUUUGUUGCACAUUAUAUUGCAGCAUGCUACUUUGCAACAUGCUACUUUGCAACGCAUUACUUCUUUGCAGUGCAUUACAUUGCAGCUAGCUACUUUGUAGUGUGUUACUUUGCAGCGUGCUACUUUGUUGCACGUUACAUAGGAGCAUCCUACUUUGCAAGUCUUUACUUUGCAGCUAGCUACUUUGUAGUGUGUUACUUUGCAGCGCAUUACUUUGCAGUGUGCUACUUUGUUGCACAUUACAUAGCAUCCUACUUUGCAGCUAGCUACUUGGCAGUGUACUACUUUGUUGCACGUUACAUCACAGCAUGCUACUUUACAAUGCGUUACUUUGCAACUUGCUACUUUGUAGUGUGUUACUUUGCAGCGUGCUACUUUGUUGCACGUUACAUAGGAGCAUCCUACUUGGCAAGUCUUUACUUUGCAGCUAGCUACUUUGUAGUGUGUUACUUUGCAGCGCAUUACUUUGCAGUGUGCUACUUUGUUGCACAUUACAUAGCAGCAUCCUAUUUUGCAGCUAGCUACUUGGCAGUGUACUACUUUGUUGCAUGUUACAUCACAGCAGGCUACUUUACAAUGCGUUACUUUGCAGCUCGCUACUUUGUUGCAUGUUACGUCGCAACAUGCUACUUUGCAGCGUUACUUUGCAGUUAGCUACUUUGUUGCAUGUUACAUAGUAGCAUCCUACUUUGCAGCUAGCUACUUGGCAGUGUACUACUUUAUUGAACGUUGCAUCACAGCAUGCUACUUUACAAUGCGUUACUUUGCAGCAUGCUACAUUGUUGCACGUUACAUCACAGCAUGCUACUUUGCAGUGUAUUACUUUGCAGUGCAUUACUUUCUUGUGCAUUAGUCACUAGCUAUCAUGCUAAUAUUGGUCAGAACACCAGAAAGUCUAAUCCAAGAGAUGUUUAUGUUGGCAUGUGUCUGCUAGAUAUGCAGUCAGGCAAUACAUCAAUGAAUCAGUUUAUUUGUCACAUGAAAUCAUAAAAAAGUACAACUCCAGUGAAAAGCAGUCCUGUCAGCUCCUUCAACUUGUGCAUUGUCAUUAAGUAAUUUUUGCCAGGUCUGAUAUUGUAGAAAGCUGCUUCAUAAUUGUCCAUGUUUUUGGUAAAGUUGCUUCUGUUGUUAUACAAAUUAAAUCCACUGCAGACUGCGUGAAUUCAUUGAUGCCAUUAGUAACGGUGGUGUCCUGGAGGUGUUUUCCCCCCCCCUAGGUAUGACCUGCCCUACUCUACUUCUGGUUUGCUUACUCUGAUAUUCUUACACUAACCCCAACCAACUUUACUCCUCUUGCCUAAACCUAACCAACCUAACCAACCCAACCAACGAAGCCCACAAGUACUAGCCAAUCAGAGGGAGAGUAGUGUAGGUCAUGUCUUUGCCUUCCUUGAACACGCUCCAGACUGUUAUUAGCCAGAAUGUCUAAAAUCUGUCUCUCAGGGUUUUGUUUCUUUGAGUUGAUUUUACAGUCUUGCUAUCAAAAAACUCACUUAAUGCAGCUUUAAGGAUCAUCCAGGCUUUGUAAUUAAUUACAGCCAACUUGAAACAUUUUGAUCACACUAUCGGUCACCUUUCAAGUACAUGAUGUAGACAAAGUGCGUCACCAAUCACCAUGGUUACUGUCACUCACACAACUCCCACAGAAUGAUAUCUACGCAAGUGCAGUAACAGUUCCUUAUACAUGGUCAUGUUUCCGCUUUUAUUUUUAAUACUUAUGUUCUCAAACAAGAGCUAAUUUCAAGCCAGGUUUAUCACAAGUUGGUCUCAGAGAUGAAAAAGGAUGGAGACUAAAUGUAGACUGUACUUCAGGGACUGUGACUGUAAAAAGGACACUGGUAUUCUCCUUUGAAUCUGUGCUGCACCUGCUCAGCAUCACAGCAGAAAACCAGAGGGUGCUCAUGCUGUUCUGCCUCCACUGUGGACCCAGUCUGGAUACAGCGCGGUGCUUCUACAGCGGGAAAAGGAGCUUUGACUUCUGGACAUGCAGUUAUCAGCUGCAUGAGGCGAUGGGCCUGCGGUGCGAUGGACUUGAGAGACUGUUUGAAUUCCUCCAUUUUGACGUAGCAAAGUGGGGGAGCUUUAGAAUAUACUAAACCCCCGACAGAACUAUAGAUCAACCUAACUACACAAUAACUUAUGAAACCUGUAGAAUACUACACAGAUAAAAAUGGAUAUUUCUAAAAUAUUGUACUACAAUGUUUUGAUGUGGUUGUAUUAUCCAUCAUAGCAGUGUUAUUGUCCAGAUUUUUACUUUUAACAUUUUUAGCACAGAUCCUGAGAACUGUCACGGCAUGAUAAUAUUAUGGUCUCGGUAUAUUGUGGGACAGGCUAUGUCUCUUAGUUCGUUAGCAUCGUUUAAUGUGUCAAGAGAUCUCAUAGGUUCACCGCACUAGCUGGGACUAGCUGUGUGGACUCGUGAGAACUGUUCGGACAGACGUUUGUUAUUUGGUUGUGGCAAAAGAAAAAAAAAAAGGAAAGACACUUAAAAAAUAUGUUGGUUGUCACUUCUUGUUGAUAUUUUUUUGUUUUUGCUUUGCCAUGCUCAGUUGUUUUACAAUGUGUGAACUUGUUUAUUACAUGUCUGAAUAAGAAAAUAACAAAAUUCAAACAAAAGAAAUCACUUUACCUUUUGUCCUUUCUCACUUCUGUUGUUCCUGAUUUGCCUUUUGAGGCAGAGGAGGGCUUUUUUUGUUGUGUUUUCAGCUCCAUCUGGUGAACGGACGUAAUAACUGCUACUUCUCUUCAACAUAGCACAUGCAGGUUCAGAUUUGACGGAUCAGGCCCAUAAUGCAACUUUAAACACAUUUAAAAAUGGUACUUCUCCAUAUCCUCCUGAGACCCAAGCUUUUGUUCGAUAUGCAUUUUUUAUUUCUCCUAGCUAUAUGGGAUCAGUAGGACCCCAUAAGUAUAAAAAACUAAAUAUUGUCAAGGAUAAUAAAGUCCCAAUGUCCUCAAAUGAGACGACAAUAAAGUCCCAAUGUCUUCAAAC